AUGCAGCUGCAGGCUGAUCUCACACAGCGAACAGACAGCGUGAAUGCAAUUCAACGAAACUUUGAGCGACUGAGCGCGAUGCACCACGCUGAGCAGCUCGAGCUUCGGCGCUUGCGCUUGUUGGAAAAAGCGCAACGUGGGGCUGAGGUCAACAACGACGAAGCCACGAUCCGGCAACUGGAGAGCGCUGUAGCAGAUAUGCGGUGCAAGGCGCUGGAAGAGCAGGCCACGGGCGCUCAGCUAGAGGCGAAGCUGCAGGCGGCGAAGUCGUCGUGCGAACUUCAACAUGGCAUCACCGGACUCAUCACGUUACACGCGGAUGGCUUUCGAGAGGUUCUGCAGGCGGAGGCGGCGGCCUUUUCGCAGUUUCACGCGUUUGCUAUCGCUGAGCGUGCCGCCAUCGAUGCUCGGCAUGAAGCGCUGCGUCAGCAGCUACUUUGCAGCGAUGUCGCGCAGUUAGUGGCCGAUCACCACGCGCAGAUUGUGCCCUAUUUGGUUCCAGGUGGUGUUACUGACAGCCGCCGGCUGCUGGAGACAUCAGCGCAGGCGUCGACUGCCACCAUAGUGGAGCUGGUGCACCCGUGGCUUUGUGAGGUGGCAGAGGCGACGCGCCAGUAUGUCGCCGCUGCACAAGUAGCUGAUCAGCAACGCGCGCUCACCGAGGCCGAAAUCCAGCGCGAUCGAGAGGAGCUGAAGCAUACUCUUGGAGAGAUGCUCCACCUGCGACUGCGUGCGAUAGAGGAGGAGGAGCAGACAGGACGAAGUGCGCUUCUCUUCGGUGCGCUGCAGGUGCGCGCCGUUGCUAAGGGGACCUUUGAUGAGGUACGUCUGCUGAGGGCGAGAGCUGAAGCAGCGGCAACGGUGGCCCAUUCCUCGUGGGAGGUGACGGCGGCUCUGCACGCGCGUCGCGUUUUGGACUGGUGUGAUGCGGCGGACGCACGACUCGUCGACUUGUGCAAUGCCGUUGAGAUUUCGAUGGCCGAGAAGUCGAGAGAGUGCGACGGGUGGCGGCAGAAGGCUGCACAGGAGCUUCUGCUGGGAGAACGUAAGCGUCUCCAAGACCUGCAUGAGUCGCAGGUGCAGGCCAUGCGCGACGACUGGACGAGGCAGAAGAGUGCUGCACAGCGGACGCAUGAAAUGCAACUCGCACAAGUGCGAACUGAUCUCGUGGGCCGCAUAAAAGUCGCCGAGGAACGUCGCGUUACAGCGGAGAAGCAGACUGGCACCAGCGAGGCCGCUCUCAUUCAAGUGAAGCGCGACCACGCUGCGGAAGUGCAGUCAGUUGAGACAUACUGGCGGUCUGCCAUCUCCGACGCAGUGGGCGAUUGUGAGCAGCGUUGGAUGAAGAUGUGUGAAGAGUAUCAGGAGCGGCAACAGGCCUGUGCCAGGGCUAUGCUACAACUUCUACUUGAUCAUGUGUGCACCCGUGGCCACUGCGUGUGCCAGGAGGAGGAAGCACGCGCAGAUGUCUGUCGCAGGCACUGGAAGAAUCGAACAUCGCAGCUUCAGAGCGAACAGGCUGCUACGGUGCAGCGUUGUGUGACGGCUGCGGUGCUGCUUGAGCGUGUGCGGCGUCAUGUGCAGGAUGAAGAUGCAAAUCGUGCUGUGUUGUGUGCAUCCGCUGCUGCGGAUUGGACGGCACUCGUCAGCAGAGAGGCAGUGCAUAAGGCGGAGGCUCAUCACGUCCUAUCCAUGCGCGCUGCAGCCGACAGACUGGAGGGUGUGCGCGCGGAGGCCGCUGAGAGAGAUGAUAAGUGGCGGCAGCGCCUCGAUGCACUCGAAGCGGACGUUGGACAAGCAAAAGAAGAGCGCUUAGGUGCUGUUGUGGCUGCGCGGGAGGCACAGGCCGCGCUGCAGGCCACUCAGCGAGACUUCACUGUGUACAGGUCUAGCGUCACGGCUGCGGCGCGCUGCAUCGAGGUGGCUGAGAGCGCCACUGAGAGCGCCUGUUGCUGUCCCCUAUGCCUGGAGCUAUAUACCCAGCCCGUUGCCUGUGUGCCGUGUGGGCACAUUUACUGCUCAAGCUGCCUCUUGCGACACCCACGGAAUAGCGAGUUGUCGAGUCUCACUUCGUCAUUUACCUCUGCUGGGGGUGCCUCAACCGGUGAAAAUAGCGCGGUUGGCGCGAGGGCUGAGCUGGAGGUGGCCCAGUGGUUACGCAAGAGGUUCACCCCACGCACCGGUCUCUUCUGCCCUGAGUGUGCGUCGGCGACAGUGUCGACUGUGGUGGAACUGCAGGCACUUGGUGAGCUCACAGCGAAGUAUGACUAUAAGAAACGAAGUAUCGCGGUGCUCUUGGCUGAGCUGCGGUGA